UAAUUUCCUUUGAAGACGUGACCAUAACGGCCUCCAGUGUAAAAAAAGAAGUCAAACGUCGUCGGUCACUUAAUUCCGAACAGGAGGAAACUGUGGUUAAAAAGGAAGCAAAACUUGGCAAGUUAUCCGAAUCGUAUCUUGUUUCCUCACCGAAAGACAAUGUUCAUUGGGCACAGCACGAUUCGGUUUUGAUCGGACGUUAUAUGACAUCAAAAGAUGGUAAAAAUGAAAGUAACCCAAAAGUUGCUGGAUUUGAUAUGGAUGGCACAUUAAUUUCUGUCAAGGGAACUCACAAAUAUCCCAAAGAUGAACAUGACUGGAAAUGGUGGAGCAAAAAGGUGCCAAAGAGACUGAAGGAACUUGAUGCGGAAGGAUACAGAAUAAUUAUCAUAAGUAACCAAGGAGGAUUAGAUUUAUCGAAGAAAAAUAGCGAAAAAAGAAGAACCAAUUUCAUAAACAAAAUAAAGCAUAUUGCAGAUGAUCUGAAUGUUCCAUUUGUAAUAUAUGUCGCCACAGGUCGUGACAAAUAUAGAAAACCAAUGGCAGGAAUCUGGAAAUGUUUAAUUGAAAAUGAAAACAAUUGUUUUGUGGAUAUGGAGAAAAGUUUUUAUGUGGGAGACGCGGCUGGACGCGAGGAUAAUUGGAAGAAGGGUGCUCAACGUGAUUGGGCAGACACAGACAGAAAAUUUGCCGAAAAUAUUGGGCUUAAAUUUUAUACUCCUGAAGAAUUUUUUGACAAUGAGAAGCUGGCACCUUUUUCCUAUAGUGAAGGGUUUGACCCCAAAAAACUUCCACAAGAUGUUCCAUUGUUUGCCCCAACUUCGCCACCACUUGUAGUACCAAAGGAACAAUGUGAAGUAGUAAUAUUCACAGGAUUUCCCGCAAGCGGAAAAUCAACUUUCGCAAAUAAAUGGUUGAUAAAUAAUGGAUACACGCAUGUUAAUCAGGAUAAAAUGAAAACCAAGGCAAAAUGUAUAAAGGCUUGCGAAGAGGCCCUGGAAGAGAAGAAGUCUGUUGUUAUAGACAGCACAAAUUCAAAUGCGGAAAGUAGAAAAGAUUAUAUCGAUAUAGCAAAGAAAUACGGUGUUCCUGUUCGAUGCUUUUGGUUUCAAGCAUCGGAAGCUUUGGCUAAACAUAAUAAUAUGUAUAGAGUUUAUGGUGCAACCGGUUUGGGACGUACUUUGUUACCAGAUAUUUCAUUUCAAGUUUACAAAUCAAAAUUCAGUGAACCAACACUUGACGAAGGGUUUCAGGAAAUAAAAUUAAUUAACUUUAUAUUCGAAGGUAACGAAGAAGAGAGAAAGAAGUAUGAAAUGUGGUACAUAUAA